CUGGGGCGGGCGGGGCCCGGCGGGAACGGGGGGGGCCCGGCCUGGCCUGGCCUGACCUGACCUGGGAGGAACCGGGGAGCCCAGUCUGACCCGGGGGGCCCGGCAUGACCGGGGGGUGCGGGGCGGCCGGGGUCUGCCCCGAACCCGGGGGGGGUCCUGGCGCGGCCUCUGCCCCGUGGCGGCCCGGGGGCCCCCCUGGCCAGGAGUCCUGGGAGUACUGGGGGCCCCCAUGGCCGGGCCGCGUCCCCCCACGGAGGGGUCCCGGGGCCCCGGUGUGCGCGGGGGGGGGUCCUGAGCCCCGCGUGGGCCCCGUUCCGCCCUCCCGCAGGUCACCGGGCCCUGCUGAGCCUCUGCCUCCCCCCAGCUUCAGCGGGCACCUGAAGUGGCUCCUCUUCCACCGCCCGGUGCCCUCCCUCAUCCAGGAGGGGCCUCAGUGCGGGCUGGUGGCGCUGUGGAUGGCGGCGGCGCUGCUGGAGCCCCCCCGGGAGGUCUCGCUGGAGCAGAUCGUGCAGGCGGCGCGGGACCGGGCCUUCACCGCCCAGGGCGAGAUGUUCUCAGCCGCCGCCAUGGCCGCGCUGGCCCAGGAGCUGUUCCCGUGCCGCGCCGAGCUGCUCGCGGGGGGCCUCGACGGCGAGAACCGCCCGCGGGUGCUGCGGCACCUGGCCGCCGGCCGGCCCCUGCUCGUGCCCUACGACGAGGACAGCAACCACGAGCCCUGCUGCCGCCGGGGCCACAAGGCCCACUGGGCCGUCGUCUCGGGCGCCCUGCUGGGGCUGCGGAGCCCGGCGCUGAGCCCCGGCUGCCGCAAGGACGCCGAGAUCCCCGGGCUCUUCCACGCGGCGCCGGGGCCGCGGCUGCCGCCCGCCGAGGAGGUGGCCGAGGUCUUCGUGCUGGCGCAGCAGGGCAAGAGCCGCCGGCCGCAGCUCUGGGGCUACCGGCGGCUGCACGAGAGCAACGCGCAGCUCACCGACUUCAGCCCCCGCCGCGCCGGCGACGGCCGCGUCUACGUGGUGCCGGCGGGCGGCGUGCGGGCCGGGCUCUGCGGCCAGGCCGUGCUGCUGCACCCCCCGGGCCCCGGCGCGGUGCCGUCCUGACGCGGGGCCUCGGCACGGCGCUGCCCCACGGCGUGGCUCUGCCCCACGGCGCAGGCAGGGCCCGGUUCUGCCCCACGGCGCCCGGCACACGGAGGAGGGGGAAGCCAGGAUGUUUCGGGCCGCCGCGUCCCGGGAGGCUUCGCUGUCUGGGAAGUGCCGUCGGUGGGGGCGGAGGGGGGCUGGGUCGCCCCCAGGACCCCCCCCGCACCGCCGCGCCCCGGCUCCGGCAAUUAAAGGCGAACGUUUGGGA